ACUUGGUGUUUUUUUUCCCCCAUAACCUCAGCUUCUAGGUGUGAAAAACGUAAUGGAAACAAUGUAACUUUGUGAAGGCCCUCCACCACUGCCUGACCCUAUAAGUAGUGGACCUGGCUUGGGACAACUCAGAUCUCCGAAGUGCAGAAGAGCCUCCAGUCUGAAUUAACUCCACCGAUGAAGAUGAAGUCUACAUUUCUGGUCAUCGCAGCUCUUCUGUUCACAGUGCUGUUCUCACAGACACAGGGCCAGUUGGGUGCCAACAGGCCAACCCAGUGCUGUUUUUCCCACUCUGCAAAACAAAUUCCCAAAAAAUAUUUACAUCACUAUGUGGAAACUCGAUCAGACUGUUCCAAGCCUGGAUUAAUAUUUGUCUUGAAAAGAGGUGUAAAGGUUUGUGCCAACCCCCAGGAUAGAUGGGUUAAGGAUCGUGUUAGAUUCCUUGAUGAACAAUUUAUGAACAAUAUGAUAUGAAGACAAAAGAAGAACUUAAGGGGCUUAUUUUCAACCGUUUUAUUCCACUCUUUUAAAAUGUGUAAUACAGCUUAAGUAUUGCAAUACGUUCCUUACUCACUCUCUUCUCGACUGUGUAAAUGGUGUGUGGAAUCUUCUUCAUUAAGGUCAAGUAGCUUCAAAAUAAUUUUUGCUUUUGCUGUUAUUUUAUAUGUCCGGUAACAGAAAGAGCAGCCUGACUCUUAAAGACAAUCGCAAUGAGAACCACUCGAAUGAUUGCAAACGUCAUACAAACUUAAGUGCGUGUUAAAAAAAUUUAAAAAAUCAUUUUGAGCCACCUUACUCUUUAAUAUAAAAUGAUAAAACUCUGUUUAUAAAUAUUAGCCUAGAUUAUUGAAUGCCUGAUUCAAUAGCAAGAUUGUCAUUUAAAACCAAUGUAUCUCAAAACAGGGAUUCAACUUUUUUUUUGUCAAAUAUUGUAAGGCAUGAUUUAAGAUUACCCUUCAAUGAAAGAAAAGCUUGCAGGUGAAGAGAAUUGAAAGGUCAAAAUCAUGGACGCAUUCUUUGCUUGUAUUUCUGCUUAAUGCCCUUAUCUGCAUAUUAAUUGUCCAUCUACAAUAAAAUA